GAGCUAGAGAGCGAGUGAGCUAGGAGCCGCAGCGGCCGGCCGGCCCGCAAGUGCAGGAGCGAACCGCGGCGGCCCCACCUGGCCCUCCGCACCGCGCUGCCCGAGGGGCCCUUCGCGCCCCGCACAUCCCAGCCGCCGAGGGGAGCCCCGGCGUGGCACCCAGCCAGGGAAGCCCCGUCCGUGCAAAGCCGCGCCUCGACACCGCCCCCCGCGACCACCCCGCGGGCCUGGGCUCAGGCGCAAGCAGGGGGAGCCGAGCCGGACACCCCGACUUUCUGGGCUCUGCGCUCAGGGCCGGCCAAACUAAGUGUAGGCCGCUGCCCAAGGUGGGGCGUUGGGCCCCCGAGCGCCCACUUGCUUCGGAAUAACCUGACCCCUUGGAUUCAUUCUUCCCUUCUAAUCCACAGCUGUGCCCUCUGCCACCAUGAGGAACAUCUUCAAGAGGACCCAGGAGCCCAUUGUGGCUCCUGCUGCUACUGCUGCUGCUACCACCACCACCAUGCCCAUUGGGCCUGCAGGCAACUCCACGGAGAGUGGGGGUGCAGGGGAGAGCAAGGAGGAUAUGUUCGCCAAGAUUAAGGACAAAUUCUUUAAUGAGAUCAACAAGAUUCCCUUGCCACCCUGGGCUCUGAUCGCCAUCGCAGUAGUGGCUGGUCUCCUUUUGCUCACCUGCUGCUUCUGCAUCUGCAAGAAAUGUUGCUGCAAGAAGAAGAAGAACAAGAAAGAGAAAGGCAAAGGGAUGAAGAAUGCCAUGAACAUGAAGGACAUGAAGGGCCAGGAUGACGACGAUGCUGAGGCAGGGCUGACAGAGGGUGAGGGCGAGGGAGAAGAGGAGAAGGAGCCUGAGAACCUGGGCAAGCUGCAGUUCUCCCUCGACUACGACUUCCAGGCCAACCAGCUGACCGUGGGGGUGCUCCAGGCUGCGGAGCUGCCGGCUCUGGACAUGGGAGGCACCUCGGACCCUUACGUCAAAGUCUUCCUCCUUCCAGACAAGAAGAAGAAAUACGAAACCAAAGUCCACCGGAAGACGUUGAACCCCGCCUUCAACGAGACCUUCACCUUCAAGGUGCCCUACCAGGAGCUGGGGGGCAAGACUCUGGUGAUGGCCAUCUACGACUUUGACCGCUUCUCCAAGCACGACAUCAUUGGCGAGGUGAAGGUGCCCAUGAACACAGUGGACCUGGGCCAGCCCAUCGAGGAGUGGAGGGACCUGCAGGGUGGCGAGAAGGAGGAGCCCGAGAAGCUGGGCGACAUCUGCACGUCCCUGCGCUACGUGCCCACGGCCGGGAAGCUCACGGUCUGUAUCCUGGAGGCCAAGAACCUGAAGAAGAUGGACGUGGGUGGCCUCUCCGACCCAUAUGUGAAGAUUCACUUGAUGCAGAAUGGCAAGAGGCUGAAGAAGAAGAAGACAACGGUGAAGAAGAAGACACUGAACCCCUACUUUAACGAGUCCUUCAGCUUCGAGAUUCCCUUUGAGCAGAUUCAGAAAGUCCAGGUAGUGGUCACCGUGCUGGACUACGACAAGCUGGGCAAGAAUGAAGCCAUUGGCAAGAUCUUCGUGGGCAGCAAUGCCACUGGCACGGAGCUGCGGCACUGGUCCGACAUGCUGGCCAACCCCCGGAGGCCCAUCGCCCAGUGGCACUCGCUCAAGCCGGAGGAGGAGGUGGACGCACUGCUGGGCAAGAACAAGUAGGCGUGAGCGAGCGGCCGGGCCGCCCUCCGCAGACGGACAGGCCCAGAGCUAUCAAUACCUCAGUUCCGCAACCCGGAGGUUUCCUUCUCCCAUGUCUGUGGUGGUGUCCUUGGUUUCUCCUCGCUCCCUCUUCUCUUUGUAAAGCCCCCUUCCUUCUGAUGGCUGUGUGAGGAGGGUCCCCUGAGGUUCCAGAGGAGCCUGGCUCUUUCCACCGCCCUGGAGCCGCCUGCGCAUGCCACGUCCCCCCACUUUGUCCCCUGAAGCUUCACUGACGCCUCCCCUGAGCGAAGCUCUCUCGAAGCGGACAGUUGCAGCAUUUCCUGUCUCCUGAGUGUUCUGGAACAACAACCGCCGCACGUCCUGAAGCCCCAACAAGGAAGGCAGCCUGGUGGGCACAAAGUCACAUGCUCACAUGCCUAUGGAUGUUGUUGCAAUGGAUGUGCUUGUGUUGGGGAAGGGAACUGGAUAGUGGCCUGUGGGGCGAGAAGGCUCUCCCAGGACUCUGGAGUGGAUCGAGGCCCACGGUCUCAGUGGGAGCCCC